GAUACCUUGGAGUCUAUGACAAGUGUGGACCUUUAUGGGGUCAAUGUCUCCCUGGGGCUAAGCGAUUACAACCGAUAUGCAGGCUACCGCAACUGUAACCAUCCUUGUUUGUCAAUUGACACUGUACCACUUCGUGCGAACGAUCUUAAGACCUUGUCACAGCCAGUGGUGGCCUAUUUGCCCUGGUUUCCCGUCCUGGUGGCCCUACUGGGUCCGCGGCUGCGAAGGCGUUGUUUUUAUGGUCCUCAUAAUUCCACCAUGGAAGUCGAAGCACCUGUCGAUUAUUUCUUAUACCAUUAAUGUCGUCAAAAUCGUGCUCAAUAAUCAAAAUCUCGUUAUGCAGCUGGCGGUCUACAGUUUGCAGCUCUUGCUGCCAAACACCGACUAGCCUAUGGAUGGCAUGCAGAUGUCUUUCGUCUUUCCACUGUAGUUCUAAAACUACAGUCUCUAGUUGGUUACCAUUCAUUUUGAACGAUUGAUGGCGUAUGCUGGGAAUUGUCUAUGCUUCUCUACUGGGUACACUACCUUCUUCGCGACAGCACUGACAAAUA